CCCCUACGUGCAUGUGCUCCGUACGGAUGGACCACGGCAGUCUGUGAAAGCUUGAGCUCGACAAAAAUCAAGCCUCCGACAGCUUAUACGCCGACUCCGACGUCACUAACCCCAGAUAAACUGUACCUGCCCAUCAGCGUGCCCGCACCCUCGCUGUCAACAACUCGUCUUCACCCAAGCUGUUUUCCUGCUUUCCAUUAGCUUCGUUGUGCCUCAACAUUUGUUUGUUCAUACUAGGAACCAGCUUCUCCUUUGCAUUGCCCUGCCCCGAAGGCGCAGGACUCUCCUAUCUUUUGUCUCUUCCCACGUGCCUGCGGCGUUGCUGCUCAGCCCUUCAGCUGUGCCCUUUGUCGUCACCCGACUGUUUCUACCCAUCCACCCAUCCAUUCCUCCAUUCCAGACCAAGUCGAAUCGAGCCGCGAGAGCCACGGGGGCGGAUCGAGGCAGCUUUCCAGCCGUUCAUGAACCAUCAAUCCAACCGACAUGUCGGCACUUGACCCAGGAGCAUCCUCCAUCACCGUCUCAGUCCGAGUGCGUCCCUUCACUAUCAGAGAAGCCGCCCAACUGGUCAGGAGUGACGAUGGCACACACUUCCUCGGCGACGGCUCGUUGGCCGCUGCGCCAACUCCCAAGCUGCAUCAAAGAGGCAUUCGGAACAUUGUCAAGGUAGUCGAUCACCGGUGCCUCGUAUUCGAUCCCCCCGAAGACAACCCCAUGCAAAAGUUCUCGAGAUCCGUCGUGCCCGCCUCGGGAAAGAAGGUCAAGGACCAGGUCUUCGCCUUCGAUCGAAUCUUUGACGAGAAUGUCACCCAAGCCGAGGUCUACGAAGCAACCACAAAGAAUCUGCUGGACAAUGUCCUGGACGGGUACAAUGCCACAGUAUUUGCAUACGGAGCAACAGGGUGCGGCAAGACACACACAAUCACCGGCACCGCUGCGCAGCCCGGCAUCAUUUUCAUGACCAUGCAGGAAUUGUUCGAGAAAAUUGCCGAACGGGAUGAAGAGAAGACCACCGAGAUAACCCUGUCUUACCUUGAAAUCUACAACGAGACAAUCCGUGAUCUGUUAGUCCCCGGCGGCAGCAAGCAGGGCUUGAUGCUCCGAGAGGACUCGAACCAGGCUGUCACGGUGGCUGGCCUCACAACACACCGCCCGAAGGAUGUCCAGGAAGUCAUGGACAUGAUCGUCCAAGGCAAUGAAUACCGGACAGUUUCUCCGACGGCAGCCAACGAGACCUCAUCGCGUUCGCAUGCAGUCUUGCAGAUUAACGUGGCACAGAAGGACCGCAACGCCUCUGUCAACGAACCGCACACAAUGGCAACGCUGAGCAUAAUCGACCUUGCUGGCAGUGAACGAGCCAGUGCCACCAAGAACAGGGGGGAAAGGCUGCUGGAAGGCGCCAAUAUCAACAAGUCCUUGCUGGCUCUGGGCAGCUGCAUCAAUGCCCUGUGCGACCCAAAAAAGAAGAACCACGUUCCUUAUCGCAAUAGCAAACUCACCAGGCUUCUCAAAUUCUCGCUCGGCGGCAACUGCAAGACCGUCAUGAUUGUAUGCGUCAGUCCCUCGAGCGAACACUUCGAUGAGACCCAGAACACCCUUCGUUAUGCCAACCGCGCCAAGAACAUCCAGACCAAGGUCACCCGAAACGUUUUCAAUGUUAAUCGCCACGUGAAGGACUUCCUUGUCAAGAUUGAUGAGCAAAUGGAGCAGAUCAAGCAGCUACAAGCAGAAAAGAAAACUGCAGAGGCCACUUUCUUUGCGAAGUUCAAAAAGAAUCUUGAAAAACGGCAACAGGUUUAUCGUGAGGGCGUCCAGCGGAUUCGAACAGCGUAUGACAACUCGUCCGCCGAGAGACAAGACAAGAUCAACACCAUGAAGCGUCUGAAGCUCUUUGAACGGCGGAUCGGCAUGCUCUCCGCUUGGAUCGCUGCUUUUGACACUAUUUGUGACAAACGAGAAGAUGAAGGCAUGCCGCCAAACUUGGAGGCGAUGCGCAAGACCGCACAUGGCAUACUCGCUGAGUUAGAGUCAAGUCGGCAGCACCUCCAUCAGAAGCUGGAACGCACGAAUUGGGAACGGGCCAUCGACUCUGCCUUGCAGCACAGCAUUGUCCAACUUCCAUCAGGUGAUGGCAUCGCGGACUGUGGCGAGGCAGCGAGCCUUGCCCGCGAGGCCGACCUCCUGAAGGCCCAGCUUAUGCGGGAGGCAAACCAGCAAGUACUGGAGCAGGAAAAAGGCGCGGAUGCUGCAACCAUUCAAUCGCUCCUCACUGCUCAGUUUGAAAUACUGUCCUCUAUGACGGAGCUCGUGGCCAUGGACGAGGAGGACGCCGUCGCACACGCAAAGAAUGUCAUCAAAGGCCUGCUCGAAACAGGGUAUUCUGCGGCAUCCAAUGUCAUCAAGCCUGACGGCUCUGUGAUGCCCGCUGAGAUGUUCCCGCCUUCCAAGCGAGGAACACCCAAGAGGAAGAAAGGCUCCAGCAUCCACGUGAAGCCAAUUGCUGCACCGGCACUCGCAGCCGGGCCGCCCACACCCGUCCGCGAGCACGGCUCCCCGUUGAAGUCCCCGAGACGCCGGAAGGCAGUGAACGCAAAGAAGGGGGUUUCCUUUACCCCGGUGAAGAAGAAAUCGACCCCAAAGCGUAUUCUGCGGUGGCGAGACGAAGAGACCUCGGGCACGCUCGCGGACUAUGACAAGACCCCCAAGAAAUUCGACCCCAGUCCCAUCCCACAAGGCCGGGAGGCUUCUCCGGACGUAGCUGUGCCUCCACGGCCAGCAAUGCCGCCAUACCUUAAUGGAGCAGGCGACUCCGGAUCGGACUCGAGCCCUUCCCUGCAGUUGCCAAAGACGGCCACCUUCCCCUUGGCUAAACCCAGCAGGUUCCAGGCAGGUUUCUUGGCCAAAUCCCAACCCCUUCAGGACGAUGGGUCACCGCUCUCGGCGCCGCCCGCAAUGCGACUGAACUUAGCCGGUGCGUCAGACAGGAAUUCUCCACUACGAGCCCUUGAUGUAGAUAGAACGGGUAACCACCUUUCUUCUCCGCGAUCUACUGGAUCCUUGAGGUCGAGUCCAAAGCCACCCAGACUUACACCGUUGGAUGAAAAUAGCCCUCCCGCUGCGAAUUUCGCCAACGCCUCCUUCUCGCCUGCCGCUUCGAACAGUGACGCCGAGCCGACCACGAAAACUAUCGAUCCGACAAAGCUCCGAUCCGCUCUUCACCUCGCCAAGAGAAGAGACCGCCUAUCCUCGAUGGGGAGCACUGCGAGCGCCAGCGCGAAGCGUGUCUCUAGCGUCGGCUCCUCUGGUAGCGGAAUCGACAGCAGGCGACGGUCCAUCCAUCGCGUCUCCUCCUCGUACUCCGGACCGCUUGCCUCGUCAACAAAUGGGAUCUCCCGAGACCGAAGACGACGAAGCGGAUCAGGUGAGGGAUUUGGAGCGGGUACCGCAGCCUCCGAGCGUCGAAGAAGUCCUCCACUCAGCUGCAGCGCCUCGCCUCCCGGAGGAGGAACAGCUCGGGCCUUCACCGCUGGCCAGGCCAGACGAAUGAAUAUGGGCGGCAGCAUGAGGCUAGAAGGAAUCGUCAGUCCCAGAGGGGCUGCGGCCAAAUUAUCAGCAGCGACGCUGGCCAGGCUUGAUAGUAAGGCUAGGAGGAUUACUAUCGGCGGCGCUGCUGGUCUGCCGGGCGGGGCGGGGCCAUCGAAGCGACCCAGUGUAGUAUGGCGAUAGGAUCAUCAGCUCCGAAGAGCCUACGCCUCGCCCUCGCCUGGGAGGCCCUCGCCACAGGGACGGUCACCGGUACCUAAACAAGUUGGCGGUGGUAAUACGGUGUCGUCUCGUUCGGGUGCAUGACCUGACUGUAUUCGAGUGGACGUGAAAUACCGAGGCUGAGCUAUAAUGCUGCUCGUCGGGAUGCGUUUCUUUUUUUCUAGCGAAACUGCCGCGCUUCAUCCUGCCACCAUCCGGGGUGUGCUGGGAGGCGCCACUGACUUGUAUGGCGUUGCUGGUCUGUUUUUGUCGUGCCCUUUCUGACAACGCACGUCAAGGUGCGCGGACUGCAACUGUAUUUGUACUUGAUGAUGGGUCGCAUAUCAAUUCACAAUGAUAGGCUUGAUCCUACAUUCUGGGAGGCUAGUGCAGCACUUCUGGCAAGUGGAGUAGGGUUGUACGUAUAUGAUUAGGAUAAGGAGACUGCAUAUGCAGGAGUGUUUCAAUACUCAGGUUGUCGGUCUCGCCAAAUUUGGCCUUGAAUGGAGCCCACAGGGCUGGCUAAGAUGU